AUGCCGGGUGCGCUGCCGCUACUCCACGGACAAAUCAGUCUCUCUGCGGCUCUAGACGACGAUGACAAUGUCCUCCAAGAGCUAUCAUAUCCACAACGGCGCGUUGAUUUCUAUACAUGCCGUGUCGAAGAAGUCAAAGACUGGAUCUCUGGAAGCUUCAACGUGUGCAUCCCAGUUGUCAUUGAUGGGCAGGAUGGUAGAACAUCCAAAAUGGUCCUUAUGAGGUUUCCCCUGCCCUAUAAAGUGGGAGAGAGUCAACAACCAGGGAAUUCGGACGAGAAGCUUCGCUGCGAGGCUGCAACUUAUAUAUGGACUCGGCAGAACUGUCCUUCUAUACCCAUACCGCAAUUGUGGGGCUUCGCAUUUGCACAAGGCCCAUGUUUCACCGCGAUUCAGCACACCUCCAUCUUCAGCCGCCUAAAAUGGUACCUUCAUCGUGUGCUAUCGCCUCUUUUCGGGUAUCCAGUUCGACCACCUUACUCAAGUGGAAACUGCCCUUACAGCCUGAAAACGGGUUAUUUACUUUUGGACCACGUCGGAAGCUCUGAUGCUGUGAUGCUUUCUGAGACUUGGGAUAGGUUACGCCACGACCGCAAACGCAGAGCCAACCUUUUCCGCGGGUUGAGUCAGAUUAUACUAUCAUUAGCCCAGUUUCCUUUCGACCGAAUAGGAUCUCUGACAAUCGAUAACCAAGGGGUUGUAAAGCUCACCAAUCGCCCUUUAACACUUCGUCUUCAUCAUCUAGAAAACGAGUUCGUCCCCACAAACAUGGACAGAGACCUCGUGUAUUCGACAAGCGAUAGUUACUAUAUGGACCUGCUGUCCUAUCAUGACAGUCGGUUACGCCAUGUCCCAAAUUCGAUACGAGACAAGGCCGACGGUGAAGCGCAGCUGUCAACUCUGACCAUAAUGCGUGCUCUGCUGCCACAUUUCUCCUGUCGCAAACAUCGACGUGGGCCGUUUAUCAUGACCUUGACGGAUCUACACCAAAGUAACCUCUUUGUCGACAGUGACUGGAACAUCAAGUCACUCGUUGACCUAGAGUGGACAUGCUCACGACCGAUUGAGAUGCUCCAUCCGCCCUAUUGGCUCACAAGUCGCGGGGUGGAUCAGUUAUACGAAGGAGAACAUCUUGAUGCUUUCAAUGAGAUUCAUGCCGAAUUCAUGGAAGUCUUUGACCAGGAAGAACAGACUCGCUCUCAAGCGGGAAAGAAAAUUUUGGGUCUCGCGAGUAUCAUGAGGCGAGGCUGGGCAACUGGAAGUUUCUGGUACUUUCACGCACUCGAAACCCCCAAAGGUUUAUACAAUAUCUUCCUAGAUCACAUACAACCAAGAUACUCGAAACUAGAUGAUGCUGGGAUGGUGGAGUUUGAACGGACUGUGUCGCCAUAUUGGACCCCGGACAUACAAACUUUCCUUGACGGCAAGCUGAAGGAGAAAGAGAUAUAUGAAGGUCAUCUUCGUGAUGCCUUUUCAGUCGCCCAAGAAGCACCAUCUAACCCAGAGUCACCUUCUGCAAGUUAGACUAUCGACCUGAUCGUUGUCAUGCUUGGUUUUGACUCCCGCUCUGCCCCGU